AUGGCCGACGCAGACGAAGAGGUCAUCACUUCGACCUCGGCCGAAGCGCCCCAGGUCGAGGUUGAUCUAUCCGACGAAACCCAGGACUUUCGUCUACUGAACCACCUAAGCUUCUUGGGCGAUACAGCUUCUUCGUCUUUACCGAAGCGUGGCGAAAAAGACUUCGAGCCCAAUCCGACCGAGUUCCAAGCCGAUGUCCUUUCCGCCUCGCGACAGGCGAUGCAUAAUGCGCUUUCUCACCCGCGCGUUCACCACCCCAAGGGCCGGGUGGUCGGUUUCUAUGCGCCGGAUGGGUUCUCGCCCCCGCCCGAAUAUAUCGAGUCUGUCAAGCCCAAGGGUGAAGCACGGGGUCUCAACAUUUCGCCUGAUGCCUGUGUCUAUAUCGUGAAUCCGAAGGGAACCUUUUUCAAAAAUAUGGGUCAGACAGAUCGCUGGAAUCGCGUGUGGAUAUUACCCGAGGAGGCACUUUAUAUGAUUGAACGAGGAAGUCUCGAUAUCAGGUGGCCGGUCUCGCUGACAGGUGUCACGCCAGGCAGUGCUGAUGAUGGCGAGGACGAUGGCUCUAUUCCGAUGAGUCUGCAAGCGGCGUAUGCAUGCUUCAUGGGCCAUGGUAACCUAACUCUGGAGAGAUACUCUGUUUUCACAAGCCUGAAGCGGCUGGGAUAUUCGGUUCUCCGCGCGCCUGGGUGGAACGAUUCGGCCAGGCCGGAGGGUUCUGCUAGUAAUGAGGAAGAAGAAGAGAAAGAGAAAGAGAAAGAGAAGGAUGCAUAUGCGCAGUUGAGAUACCGCGGAGCGGGACUCGCUGGUAUUCUGGCUUCCAUCUCGGACUGGAUCCAUGAUCCCAUGUCCACAGCAAACACGGCAGCUGGUCCUGUCGUGGGAUGCGGCAUUCAUCGCACCUACGCCGAUGUCUAUCGCAAAAUGGAACUGAUUCCAUGGUAUGAUCCGGUCCUUGCGCCCCAGCGGGAUCCCCUAGACACAAUAGCUCCCUUCCGAGUCGUCUUCCACGUUUACAAGCCCUCAACCCAGCUUAAGAAGACCGCUCUCCCGACACCAGACUUCAGAAUUGCUGUCGUGAAUACUCGCGAACAAACUACCAUCCCAACCCUUCCUCAGCUUGGCGCAUUGCUAGAAAGCACACCUAUUGACCCGCCGUCUGGAGAGAAAAUGAGUCGCCUGAUGUAUAUGCGUCUACGACAUGGAUAUCGCAAUGUCGUUUUGGCGGUUGUGGAUCAGGGCGUCACUAGCUAUUUGCGUAUUGCUGAUGCGGCAUUUGGGAAAGAGAAGCUUUUCGAUAUUAAACAUGUCCCGUACGCCAACAAGGGACCAAGAAAUUUCAAGCCGAGGAGGAAUUGA